ACGGGCUUUCUCUCGAUUCAGCUUUCGAGGCGUGCACAGCUUUUACCCCGCCAUAAAUCUCGAUUCCCCGCUGUAAAACAAAAAAAAAACUCAUCUUUUUUCUCUCUCUUCUUCAGAUCUCUGAGCGAUUACAGUGAUCCCUUACACGGUCGGCGGGGAUCCCGGUGCUUUUAAUUUGGGGGGGUUUGGAUGGCGACGUGACUGUGGGCUAGGGUUUGAAUUACUCGUUUCUGAGCGAUUAGGGUUUGAAUUUGGGCGAUUUGACCGGUCUUGGGCUCGAUUUCGAGGCGAUUUCGAUUGCGGGAGCUCGUAAUUGGCUUGAUUUACUGGAAUUCGACUUUAUUGGGGAUCCGAGGUCAAAGUCCACGUGCUCGAUCCGAAAGGUGCGUGAUGGAGCAGGAUUAGGGUAACGUGAGCCGUUGGAGCUGGAAAGACUGUGGCUUUUUGGAGAUGGAGGAAGAGAAAGAAGCAAUUAAGUCUGCAUCUGAAGAAGUUUCGUGUCAGUUCAAAACCCUGAUUAAUUCGGAGGACGUCGACUCCGUCAAUCAGCUUCAGCAUCUCAUAUUGGGAAGGCUACAAGAUAGCAAUGCAGUUCUGUCACAUUUUAAUGAUUACUCAGAAAGAUGUUUUGCUGAUGUUUCUGGUGAUUUCUCAAGGAAUACACGGCUCUUGAAAUCUAUCAAGUCUGAUUUAGAUCACAUCUUCACAAAGUUGAGGAGUGCCAAGGGAAAACUCUUAGCGACAUAUCCUGAUGCCUUUCCUGAUGGUUCGAAAACAUCGAUAGUGGAUCAAAGGCCUGAUCUCGAGCUGCCUCUCCAGUAAUUGAUGUUAUAUCUUUAGCAGUUGCUGCUACUUUUACAUUCGGAUUUGGGAGAGAGCUUUGAAGUGGUUUAGCGAAACAUGAAUGAGAUGGGAGAUUUUUUGUUCUCGACAUCUCAAUUUCUAUUUCUGUAGUAUAGAAAAAUGUUGACAUGGGAUUUAGAUCUUCUCAAAUUUGGUGGUGAUGGGAGGGUCUCCAAUUCCUCCAAUCGUUGUCUUACACUCUGAAUUCAAUGUAUGAGAUUUGUGCCAUAUAUGAUUUCACUACUGUGAUAGUAGUUUCUAAAGAACAGUAGUUUUCAAAAAAUAGUGUUUUUCAAGACCAUAGAGAUUUUAUUUUGUCGUCUAUUCUCAUUCUUUUAAUUCAAAAUGUAUGAUAAUGGUUGGAGAAUUAGAGACUAAUUAUCAUCUAAUUGGAGAGGAUGAGAAUCCAUUUGUAUGGAUCCAGAUUCUUUA